UUUCCAGAAGCGUACUUGUUUUCCAGUCGACUGUUCACAGGAUUUCAUUUGUGUUUGCAUUCAGCAUCUUGGUAAAUCAUUGACACACUGCGUACGGUGGAGUUGUAGCUUCAGAAAAGGCAGUCCCUUGUUUGUCUAGGUCGAACUUCUUCUAGCAAUGUCGACGCCACUUUCCAUCGGUACACCGCCUCGGCAUCAGCAACAGCGCAAACCCAAAACUGAUGACGAAAUGAAGAAACAGAUGCAACUUAUGAUUGAUUUACAAUAUGAGCAGCAGCAGUACGCUUUGAACUCUCCGCCCAGCAAUUCCCAGCCACCAAUGCGCCCAAAAGGCAGAAGUGGCAGUAGCAGUCCAAAGACUUCGAACGAAUCCUCAACGGGUCCUUCGACCGGACCCGGGUUGUUGGCACCCAUCUUGCCAACCAUGUCAACAAUCUCGGAUACGAGUUACCACAAUCUUUACAGUUUUGCGGACGAUUCGGAUGUGGAAGUAGGACAAGGGACUCUGUCCACAUCUAAUUUGAUAACGAAUCAAGUCGAGGAGGACUCGAAGCCUUCCACUCCAUCUUCGCCUUCCAAGGCCCUAUCUACAUCUAUGCAAUUCUUACAUCUCACUUCGUACGGUGCAGUCGAUAACGCCGCAGCUUCGUCGACUUUGCAAGGUCCGGCUUCUUCACCAAAACUCAGAGGAAGUUCUACCUCCGCUGCACUCGCCACUAUGCAACCUUCUGUCGAGCACGAAUUUCAUUACGGUAAUCCUGACUACCAUGAUCCCUACCGUAGCGGUAUUCUUGGGGCCCUGGCUGGUUUGAACAUCCUCCACAAUAACAGCGACCCACGUGCUCGCGCCUGGGCUGUGGCCUUAACCGCUGCCGCGUGCUUGGCUGAAUCAUCCUGUAUGGCAUUGGGACAUGUAUGGUCAGCUCAUGUUGUCGCUGUAGCACAGUCCAAAGAACGCGUCGCGGCGCGAAAGUCUCUGCAGUCUCGCAAAGCCUACGCAAAAGGUCAAUUUGUCGAUAUCCUGUUGCAACGUGGAAUGUUGAAAAUUGAUGCCAUGAGUAUGGCAGACACCUUGGAGGGAUACCCCGAUCUCUUCGUCGCGGCUUUGACGGGAGAAUCGUGGACAACACCCUUGCCAGAAGAGAAUAGUCUCCGUGAAGGUGGCCACGCGAACGGUUCGGCCAACGCAGUACAUUUUUCACUCCGGAACAUUGCUUCGUACGGUCGCUUGACAGAGUACGACAUGGAUCCAGAGGCCUUGGCUGUGCAUCAAGCUAUGAGAGAAGCUCAAGGAGAAUCCAUAUUCAUGCUGUUGGGAUUUACCUUGUUUGCGGUGGUACCUAGUUUGCUCUUUUGGAGUAUGCCCCUACACGAUUCCGCUCUGUCGAUGACGACUUCCAAUUCCAGAGUGCACACCUCGUCCAGUCGUACGGGUCCAGAAGCGAGUACCAGUCCAGUGACGGUCGUAGUAAUGUUGACGUGCUGCGUCAUGUGGUGCCUCGGAAUAUGGAAAUCGCGCUUUGUAGACAGCAACUGGGUUGUUUUUGGCAUUGAAGCCGUUGUCGUGCUACUUAUUUGUGUAACAAUCAGUUUUGGGGUCGGGUACAUACUCCUGAAUGGCGUGCUUUCUACGACCUUGGUCUUGCAAGACACCGUCGGAUACAGCGGAGAUCUGUGA